AUGAAGCUCAGGGCGGAAACCAACUUCCUCCUGAGGAAGCAAUUGAAGCAGGCCUUGGGACCUUUCGAGAUAAUUGGUGGUGCAGCACUUUCUACUCUGGCAUUUGUGCUAGCAUUUUGGUCAAGCAGUUGUUUGAUCAGAGCAUCUUCACCUUCAGUAGCCAUGUUGAUUGUGGGGGUGCUUGCCAUUAUGGCAUUCCUGGCAAACUACAUCGGCGUGGCGCUUUUCUCAGCAAUUGCGCAAGGUAAAGGUGUUCUGAAGAGAUGUGCUGCCGACUGUCAAGGCCAGAUACAGGCUGCAGAGGACCUGCAGAGCUUGGUUGGUGAUCGCUUUAUGCUUGUGGGUCCCAUGGCAGCACAACUUUCGGCCCCUGAUGCCUAUGACAUUGAACUGACUUGCGCUUAG